CCACAACAGCAUCAAAAAUCCCUGCCAGAAGCGCCAGUCUCACAAGUGACAUCUGAUCAUGACAUUCCUCUUGAAGGAGGGGUCAAAAUUGAUAGUAUCUCCUACCCUAUACCAGCUCUUUCAUUAUCGGUUAGCCAAUCACUGCAGAAUUUACAUCAGAUUACCAGAGAGUGUGCUGGACACAAUGAGAUUCAAACAGAACUUUUUGGUGAAAACUGUAAGGAAAAGGAAACUGACGACAAAAGAACAGUACAAAACCGACAUUGUCACUCCCAGUCUACUGUUAUUUCCACACAGAAGCAUACACUGUUAUCAACCCUGGGCCAGGAAGGAAUCGAUUAUAUUCACAGUAACUUACCCACACAUCAGGUGGAGGAUGAAGGGGUGCCUCUUGAUAUAAAGGAUGAAGCAAUAUCAGUGGAUGAUGUUUAUGGAGGCAAAGGUCAAAGAGCAGAGACUGCGACAUCGAGACUGGUUUUAGUGUCCAACAAAUUUCGGAACAUAUCUGUAUUGCGUCAUGCUGUGCUGCUAGGCACCAGUCUCCUGCAGUAUAAUAAUGACAGCCAGACACUAGAUGGCAUUCUGUCCUUAAUUUCACACAGCUUGACAGGUCGACAGGUGCACAGUGUAGCAUUUGUGCUUAGUACUGUUGGGUCUUCAAUCCAUCUUACAUGUGUGGAAGAUAAACAACUGUCACGUGAUACAGUGUCAGACAAAGUGAUCCAUGACUUCUUCACACGGCUGAGAGAUGAACAUUGUUUCAAAGACACCCAGUUAAGGCCACGUUUUGAUUUUUUGGCUUGUUCAAGUUUCCAGGCAUCGGAAGCAUUGACUCUAGCAAAAGAGAUGGAAACAGCUUUAGGGGUUACUGUUGGGGUAUGGAGAGACCUGGUGGGAAUAGAUCCUGUACAGAGAAAGGCUGAUGAGGCAGCAUCUAUCAGCUGUGUUGGAGAACUGUACUUUCGACUUGAUAAACUUCGCUUCUGGAGUGGACAACAUCAGCAAUCUUUAGCUGGUUUUGAGAAAAUACGGACGGUGGGAAAAGGAGCCUAUGGUGCAGCUGUUUUAUAUAAGAAGAAAGAUGAUGACUCAUUAGUUAUACUUAAAGAGAUCAACAUGCAUGAUCUGACAGCCAGUGAACGGCAGAUGGCCCUUAACGAGGUGAAUGUUCUGGCACUACUGGAUCAUCCAAAUAUUAUUAGAUAUUUCGACAGUUUUGAAGAGGAUGGCGUACUUAUGAUUGAGAUGGAGUAUGCUGAUGCCGGGACCUUGGCUCAGUUCCUGUCACAGCAAGAUCAAUGUAAUGGAGCUGAUCGAGAGAGGGAGGUACUGUGCAUAUUCCAGCAAAUAGUAGCUGCCAUUCAGUAUAUACAUCAGCACAACAUCCUGCACAGGGACCUAAAAACGGACAACAUUUUCCUGACAAAAGAGGGAGUGGUGAAGGUUGGGGACUUUGGUAUCUCCAAAAAUCUGGGCUCUGCCAACAAGGGGGCACAUACUGUACUGGGGACACCUUACUACAUCAGUCCAGAGAUGUGUGAAGGUAAGCCCUAUAGCUACAAGUCUGACAUUUGGGCUCUGGGAUGCAUUCUGUAUGAGAUGGCCUGUCUUCAGAAAACCUUUGAGGGCUCCAAUCUACCACUGCUGGUCAACAAAAUUGUCAAGGGUCAGUUUACUCCCAUCAAAGGCAACUACAGCACAGAAUUUCGUGAACUUGUUUCACUUAUGUUACAACAUGACCAUGACCUUCGACCUUCAGCCUAUGACAUUCUUUACACACACCUGCCACAGUUAAUGAGCAAGUUUGAUGACUCAACCUCUGAACUUGAGGAGGAGGUAAUGACAUCAGCAGAAAGCAUCAGCCAUCGAAAGAAAAUCAGAUCUGUUUUAUACUACCUGCAGUCAGCAACUGGCUCAAUGUCCUGCAUUACAGGCCUUCCUCCGCGCAUGAAGAUAAGACAAGUGGCUGUAAGCCCCGACCAUGUUGUGGUGGUUACCACAGAACAUCAGGUUUAUAGCUGGGGUCAUGGAGUGAAGGGUCAACUUGGACAUGGUGACACCCAAGGUCGUUCUAACCCUUGCCUUGUGGAGGCUUUGAAGGGAAAAUCAGUCACCAUUGUCAGCUGUGGAGAUGGGUUCAGUGUCUUUGGUAGUAACAAUGGACUAGUACUGACAUGUGGUGAUGGAGCCACCGGUUGUCUUGGUCAUGGGGACUGGUCAACAGCCUUGAAACCACGACUUAUUGAGGCCUUGCUAAGUGUUGAUGUUGUGGUUAUAGGAUGUGGACAGCAGCAUGUGGUGGUUGUAGGUCGUGAUGGAGAUGUAUAUAGCUGGGGACAAGGACAGCGUGGUCAGUUAGGUUUGGGAACAGAAGAUUGUCACUGUCAACCAGUGAGGGUUACUUUGCGGGAGCCAGUUGUGUUUCGUGAUGUGCAGUGUGGCAUGGAUGGCACCAUGCUUGUAACAGACAUGGGUGGUGUGUUUGCAUGUGGCAGUAAUGAAUAUAAUAAGCUUGGUCUCAACAACAGACAGGGAUUCCUAAUGGCCAUGAAGAACAUUUUUACCAAGACUGAAGUGGAAGGGACAAGUGAACCUACACCUGUACGUGCACUAGCACGACAUCGAGUGGUUGCUGUGGCUAUGGGGCGACAUCACUCAGCGGUUAUUGUGGAAGCAGGCCAUGUGUACACUUUUGGCCGCAACUUUGAGGGUCAGCUUGGCACAGGCAAUGUUAAAAGUAUUCAUGCUCCAACAGAGGUCAAAUCUUUGACACAUAAAUCUGUCAAUCAUGUUCAGUGUGGUGAUCAUUAUACUGUGGCCUGCACAAAGGAUCAUGAACUCUUUUAUUGGGGCCUUCGCUACAGUGCUGCACCAUCACAACAAGAUGAAGAUGCCACCACCACCACCACCACCACCUCAAGCACUACAUCAGCAGGCAACACAGAAGCGGGAAGCAGUCGUUCAAGCCUCUGCAGCAGCACCACCAAACUUUCAGCUGCCUUAGAAGAUGGGAAGGAGGAAGUAACUCCACGCAAUCGGCCACAACAAAAUGCCCCUUCUUCUAGUUUUAUCAUGCAGCCAUCUAAAGCCCUGCCAGAUUCCUGUGCCACUGCUGGUGAUCCUCAACAAGAUGAAUGCUCUUUGAAGACCUUGACCUCUUGUUCCCAUGUUGACAGUGGUAUUGUUACAUCUGCCAAUGGUAGUGGGGAGGUGGUGAACACUACUGCUGACAGCUCUACACUUCCAUGUGACAUCAAAACUGGCUUCAGACCAAUAGCUGAAACUCAAGUCCGAAGGUCAUUAAGUGCAAGCAGCCGGGAUAAUGGAAGAGAUUUGGAUGGUGAGAGAGACAAAGAUGGAGGGAGAGACAACUGUGUGAUCAUCCUUGAACCAGUGGAACUUAUAAGAAUAAUGCAGAGUAAUGAGAAAAUGUUGCUUGGCAAUGUCUUCUGCCAUGGUGAGAACCUGUUUAUUCAAGUUGAGACAACAGCCCCUCCACCACGCCGUCGCACUCUCAAGAAGCGGAGUUUCAGGAGGCGACCACAAGUGGCCCCAUGUGAGGUGACACACAGCCCAAAACAGUUGUCAACAUCAAGCCAUGAGGCAGGUGAUGAAUAUUCGUCUGAAGCAUCAGAGAUUGAUACUCAAAGCACAGUACCUACAUGGCUGCGGCAAGAGCUUGAUGGUAAUUUUGUAGAAGGAGAUGUAAUGCUGGACAAUGAUGAUGAUGGAAAUGAGGCUGAUAAUACCAGUGAUGUCUCUGAUGAUGAUGGCCAUCAUCACACUAUCUUUGACAGUUCAAUGUCUUCUAUUCACAUAAACAAAGUUUUAACACCAGCUAAUAGGAGUGGAUUAGGCACUAACUUUACAACAAAGAAGGCAGUGCAGAGCUUACCUUUAGCCGUGUCUACCCAGGUCAACAGGAACCAUGCAAGUUCUAUGAAAAGUUUAGAAAGGAACCUUGACAAAUCCUCAAGGAGCAUAUGUCUGACAGCAGCUCAAGUGAAACAGCUAUUGUGGAAAGACACCAGCUCAUCCCAAACACAGAACCAAAAUUCUGCACCUGUACAUUUAGCAGUUAAAAUGAAGAGUUCAGUUACCAAACCUGUACCUAGGGCUCGUUCAGCAGGAAGGGGACAAAACAAAAGCCAUGAGGAGGUCUUGAAAGAAACACUUGCUGCAAGAGGUUUUGUGUCUGAUGUUACUGUGAAACGUAGAGAAGAGGCUCUUUUGUAUGAGCUAGAACUUAUGCGAGAAGAAAAAAGGAAAGCAGAGAGACAGCUGCAGAUGCUGCAGCAAGAGAGAGAGGUACAAGCAGAGAAGUUUCGCCAGGAAGCUGAAAGAAUUGCUGAGGCUCGAGAGCGAUGCUUAUUACAAGAGCUGGAGCAUCUUCGCAAGGAGCUGGAGUUGCAAACAUCCCAGCUAGCUGAUCGACAACAGUUAGUGGGACAACUACAGCAGCAGCUUCAGGGCUUCAAAAGUUCUGGAUCAAUUCCACAACUGCAACAAACAAUGCAGCAGCAAGAAGGCCAAAAAAUUAAUUACCCUGCCCUUAGCUCCCACCUACCAACACCUCAGCAUGAGUUUUUGGGUUCUCAGGUUUCAUCUGUGUUGCCCAAUUCAGCUAGCCAUCAAAAACGACAACAAAGUGGCAGUGCAAGCAGAGUGUGCUCCCUGCAAUAAAUGAAUUGAGGAUACCUGUGACCAUAUAUGUUAACUUUCCUAUCUGUUUCAUGGAGAAGAGAGAAUUAAGGGGCUGGAAUAUGCAAAAACUGAUUUUCAAUAACUGCCAGAAAUUGCAUAAUAGGAACAUACUAAAGGAAUGUUGCUAGUCAUUUUUCUCUGAAUAAAAUGGAAGCAUCAUGCGAUCUCUCUUGCAUGUGUUCCCGAGUGACCAUGUUCUAAAAAUAAGACCUAAAAUGACAUCUUAAGGUGUUUUUUUAACUUUUCUUGUGUUUAUUUACUGUUAUGAUUGAUAUUGAGUGACAUUCUAAGACGAAAUCUCUGUGAUUAUAUGCAUAUCAUCCAAUGACGAAGUUUCAUCAAUGAAAUUAUUACAGAAGUUGUUUUUAUAUUUGCAAUCUGGCUUGGUUAUUGAGGAACUGACUUUAUUACUGUGGGUUAUGCACUUGGCAAUGGCCAUUGGUCAUCACUUAGCAUAGAAUCAAUGGUAGUAUUUGGCAUGUGCAGCAUGCUCGCAAUACCAUCAGGCAAGAAACAUUGAUCAAAAAGUUUAUCAAAAUUUGCUUUUCAUUUCUGCUCUCAGAAGAUUUGCACAAUACAUAAUCACUGCAGUUUUGUUUGUCCUACAUCAUAUAUUAAAUACCUUGUCUAGUACAAAUGAAGUUUUAGACUUUAAAAAUACUUUAGAAGCUAAUGUUUUGGCAUAUUUAUGGUUGUCAAGAUAUUUCAAGAAAGAAGUGAUGAAGAAAGCAAAGAAUGUUAAAGUGUACCUGCAUGCACACAUCUAUGUAAAUAUAAUGACAUUUAUUUGUUUACAUAUCUGCCUGAAUUUUCAUGUGCAUAAUAUAUAUUUACUAAACAGUAAAUUAUUGACACUAAACAGCCACUGGAUACGAUAAAGAUGAGUAUUCUCUGGAUGUAGUGAGACACUGCCUUCGAUAGUUGCAAUGAUACUGCAGACAUUCCAUGGUUAUAUUUCUUUGUCAUAAUUGCAGCAAAUAUGCCUCCUACUUGGACCUCAAAAAUGUCAGCAAUGUUUAUGUCUCUCAGUUUCUCCAAAUCCAAGUUGAUAGGAGGGGGACUGUUAAAGUGAUGCUUAAAUCUGAACUUCUCUUUAUGGCUUAUUUGGGAAAAAUAAUGGUCACUGCCUAUGUCUGUGCCUUGAUAUAACCCAGUUUUAGCUUUGUUGAUGCUGGAUGACAACCUUGAUAGCAGAAUAUUGUUGAUUUGGUAAUGGACAAUUAUCUAAAGAGUGCCAAACUACAAUCCUCAGUUCCUCAAUGGAGAAUAUUGUCUAUACUGAGUCAAUAGUUCUGUGCAAGCUCUAGGAAUCUUAGACCUGUGUCAAGCACAUGGGUGAAUUCUUUUACCUUACUGCAGUACAGAUGGUCCAUGUUCUUAUGGUUCUUUCAUUUUUCAUCAACUUUAUGGUGGAAUUAGCUUUAGCAGCACACUUGUUGCUGCUCCCACCCUUAGAGACAUCAUUGACCUGAGCCUUGACCAAUUCGACAACAGCUAUCAAAUUUCCUUUCUGUGGGCUUACACACAUGGUGGUGCCCAUCUUUUCUUCAUGUAGGACUAGUGGUGGAUAUGAGUAUCUGUCUUCCCAUGCAAGUCACAGCUUGUGUAACCUGUUUGCAUCCCCGAUACUGUCACUUUGUGUCUUAGGCAAUUGAGACAUGACAGUAACCAACCUUUAGGUCUUUUGACCAUAGGGGAGAUCUUUUAACAGAUAUCUUGCCUUGGUUUUGAAUAUGUGGGCAAGGAAAUGAACUCUGGAUGAUGCCUUCAUCAGGGAACGCAUUGACCCGAUGAUGCCAUGUUAACAUCAUGAUAUGCUGUAAGGGUUUACUUCUACCUUAUUUUUUAUCUUUCCUAAUAUUUUCUUCAAGGAAGUAGAAUCAGUUGCCCUUGGUUGGGGUGGAGGUGGAGAGGGGUGUUGUGCACCUCACAAGACCACCAAACAAAUAGUACAUGAACCUCCACCAUCCAGUUUGUAGGAGCAGGUUGACCAGGUGCACCACAUGCCAAGUUUCUACUAGUUUGCAUCUCAUCAACUGGGUGAACAAGUAACUUUAAAAUUUAUUUCACCAGCCACUUAGUGAACUCUUGAGAGGCUUGCACUGUUUUAGAGCUCCUUGUUUUAAGACAGCAGUGAUAAUGAGUACUUUUUUCAAGGCCUAAAUACUUAAGGCUCAAUGUCUUGCACAAUAAUAAUUCUACAGGUUUAGCUGUUAUGGCUAGUACUAGACACCAUAUACAAUAUAGCCGAGUAUAGUAAGGCAGUACAAAAUAAAAUCUAGAGAGGAAAGAAAAGGCCACCAGAAGUUAUUUAGUUGUGCUACCUUUUUCUGCAAAGAUAACAAGAUACUUGCAACAAGACUGCCUAAAAUUUGUGUGGCAAAGUUUCCAGGAAGUAAUGUAAACAUUUGUACAAUUUAUUCAUGACAUGUUCAGCUGGUCAUUGAGUUCUGCAUUGUUCUGCAGAUUACCUAGGUGAUUACCUAGAUACAAUUAAUAAUAAAUUAUAAUAAAAGCACUUAUAUAGUGCAUUUCCUGCUUGACAGUGGGUACAAUACACUUCAACAAAGAAGUGGAAUGA